CUGAAGUGUCUCUCUGUCUAGAUUCAAGCUUCAGGGUACCUCCCACUCCCUCCUUCCCUUGCUGCCCUGAAUAUCUCCAGUCAAAGUGUGGGAAUUUUUCUUUUCUUUUCCCUUCUCACAGCUUGCAGGGCCACCUCCGCUGCCCUUUGUGAGGUGCCUUCAUCGUGCAUUUUCCUUUCCACUUGGGCAGAAGGAAAGAUGUCUUUGCUUUGGACUGUUAUACUUUUGCUUACUUUCCUGAAGCCUCUAGAUACUACAGUGAAGGAAGGCGCUUCUGCCCCAUUUCUUCAGGAGCCUUCUACAUCUUCCAGGAGGGAGCAUAGGGUUGGAGGCAGUCACUCGGCAAGACACUUCAUUCCAAAAGAUGCACUGCUGGAGACCCUGGGAGAACUGGGCAGGAUAAGGCGGUCAGGAUCCCUUGGCAGUUACCGGGGGUGGCCCUUCUCAGAAGACCAACUGAAAUGGGGAAGGACACGGAGGGGAACAGAUGAUGAAGAUUCCAAACCAGUUCAGCCAUAUGUCCCAGGAGUAAAAGUGGAAUUUCCUCGGCCUGCAAACUCUGCCAGCUUACAUCCAACCAAGAUCUUGGUGCCAUCCAGCACAGACCCAUCUAAACACCUCCCCCAAAGGAGUCCAGCAGUCCAUGGGGGCACAGAAUAUAACAUGACUGUGGCUCUAGGAAAGCGCCCUCAGAUCCAGAACCCUCUGUAUCCAGUGACUGAAAGCUCAUACAGUGCAUAUGCCGUCAUGUUCCUGUCCUUAAUAGUCUUUGCUGUGGGUAUCAUUGGGAACCUCUCAGUGAUGUGCAUUGUCUGGCACAACUACUAUAUGAAAAGUGCCUGGAACUCCAUCUUGGCCAGCCUUGCCUUCUGGGACUUCCUCAUCCUCUUCUUCUGCUUGCCAGUGGUCAUCUUCAAUGAGAUCACCAAGAAGAGACUGCUGGGAAGCAUCUCCUGUCGCAUUGUACCUUUCAUGGAGGUGUCUUCUUUGGGAGUAACCACCUUCAGCCUCUGUGCCUUGGGCAUUGAUAGAUUCCAUGCAGCCACCAGUCCUCAAGCCAAACUCCGGCCCAUUGAGCAUUGUCACUCCAUCAUUGCCAAGUUGGCUGUUAUCUGGGUGGGUUCCAUGACCCUUUCUAUACCAGAAAUCCUCCUCUGGCAGCUGGCACAAGACACUUCUCCAACUUCUGGCAUGGUGAGUGACUAUUGCACCAUGAAACCUUCACAGGAGCUGCCUGAAUCAAUUUAUUCUUUGGUCCUCACUUACCAAAAUGCCAGGAUGUGGUGGUACUUUGGAUGCUAUUUCUGCCUGCCCAUCCUCUUCACUAUCAGCUGCCAGCUGGUCACCAGAAGGAUUAGCAGCACAGACAAGACCGAUUGCCGUGGUAGUAAGCAUGGUCAAUGUGAGAGCCAACUCAAUUGCACAGUGAUUGGCCUGACAGUCAUCUAUGCCCUUUGUACAAUUCCAGAGAAUGUCAGCAAUAUUGUCGUGGCCUACCUGUCUCCUGAUAUGACUAAGCAGACACUGGACCUCCUAACCCUCGUCAACCAGUUCUUCUUGUUCUUCAAGUGCUCAGUGACUCCUGUGCUGUUGCUGUGCCUGUGCAAGCCACUGGGCCAGGCCUUCAUGGACUGCUGUUGUUGCUGUUGUGAUGAGUGUGGUCAGGAAGCUGCCUCCAGUGAGGCUGGCUCUGAUGGCAAGCUGAAAACUGAAAUGUCCUCCUCCAUCUUCUUUGACAAGCCUCGAGAGUCACCUCCUUCUGCGGGGGCUAUUGGCACCCCAUGUUAAGCUCAAUCACACCACUGGGGGAGAAUUAGCAAUUCUUUUAUCAGCUUCUCCCAAGACCAAAUGUUGUUGUUUUAUCCUUUAGCAUGGAUUGGUCAAGUGGCUGAACAGUGGAGGUGUGAGUGGGUAUUAUCACCCAUUUGCUUGUUCCAGUAAGAGUAAAUAAGUGACAAGAUCUCAAAGACACUUCUUUUCUCUGCUGAACAGCUACCAAGGCUGUGAAGGUCUCCUAGACCAAACCCCACCCAAUCCUGAGCAUGACCAGAAAGGCUGAUACCCCAAGCAAGAGAGGUGCAGAGAAAAAGAUUGAUUUCCAGCCCCUCAAGGACAGAGAUCAGAUCAUGUUAGAGAGGACAUAGUACACAUUAAUCCAUUCUAUUCUUGUUCAGGAUCUCACUUUCCCACUGAUCCAGCUCAAGAGACUACUACACAAAAUAUAAGCACUACCCUAGCCUCAAUAGAUAGAAAAUAAAUGUUUACUGUGGCAGUUA